GAUGUUUAAAACUAAUUUAGUGCAGUCAAUCGUGAAUUCCUCUUCGUACGUUUAACGAAAAGGAAAUUUACUGUGAGGUUUCUUUACGUUCUUUCUGUAGUUUGGGAGUUUACUAAUUAAAUGCGAUUAAAGUUUAUUAACUGUUAAUUUGUUUUUUGUAAAUGUCUUACUUGUAUUACCGACUGUCCUUUUUGGGAACUGAAUAAACUGUUUAUUGUUUGUGUUAAUGGAUCCUGAGUUAAAAUUGUUUUAACUUUGUUUCAGUGUUCAGUAGAUUGCUUCAGCAUGGAUUUUGAAGUUAUAGCUGCCUUUUGUUUUAUGCCCCUGUUGAUGCUUGUAGCAGCUCAAGGUUGGGCAUGGAUGAUUUGUGCAUUUACUUGUUUACCUUUGGUAUUGGUGUUAUAUUACUAUAAAAUGUUAGCUUCGAAAACCAGGACUCGCUUUUUCCUUGCUUGGAGUAUUGUAUCAUUCUUCUUUUUGCUUGCGGUAUUCGAAUUAGAAGUUGUUCCAUAUUUAGAAAUCCUAUUCUCUGAGAAUUUUGUUCUAAUGUGUUUUGUGGCUACUAUGUGCAUAUUUGUAUAUUUAGUUAAAACGAAUUCUCAGCCAGCAUCGCUUUCAGCUCAGGCAACUGAAAGAGCGACAAAUAAAGCUGACCAAACCAAAAAAGUAAAAUGUGAAAUAUGUUCGUGCAUUCAGCCUGCAAGAACUAAUCAUUGCGAUCUGUGUGGGUACUGCAUACACAAACGUGAUCAUCACAGUGUAUGGUUAGACAUAUGUAUAGGCUCUAGAAACCAGAGAUACUUCAUUAUUGCUCUCAUUGCUUUAGCAAUUGCUUGCUUUUAUAGCAGCAAUUUGACACUGACCACUAUUUGCCAUCCAACCCUCGUUGGUGGGUUAAUUUUGCUGCCAGAUGAUUGCAGUGACGUAUUUGGAGACAUUCACAUAGCUGUUUGCUUUGUGAGUGCCAUAUAUACACUGAUGAUAGCUGGGUUUUCUUUAUACCUCUUACUACAACAACUGUGGUUUGUAUGUCACAAUUCAACAUUCGAAGAGUGGAAGCAGGGGCAGUUAGGCCUAUAUAGCAAUGGAAAUUGCAGGAAUAUCAUCGAUUUUUGUUAUGGGUAUUCCUAAAACCAAAUAUAAGAGAAUGAAGCUAUCGUUUUUGUUGUAUCAGAUUAUAUAUAUUAAAGACUAAGCAACUACAUGUACUAACAUUUAGCUGUUUUUGAAGUAACUGUUGGAAAAAAGCAAUUUUCCGGUAUUUACUUUACUAAUAUAUGUGAUAAUUUGCUUUGCAUUAUUCAGUUAUUUAUUUUAUGAUGUAUAUAUCUCAUAUCAUUUAAAUCAAAAUAUAAAUCUGAUGGAAAUGAGUAAAAUGCUGAUCAUCUAUUUGUAAAUAUUUAUAUAUUUAGUUUAAAUUUUCUAUGCAUAUUUAGUAAUUUGAUGAUGUAACUUAUUAAUUUGAUGCUUUGAAUUAAGUAUAAAACUUUUUAAACUUUUUUCUAAUUAGUGCAUCCUUUGUAUAGAAUAUCUGCAUUAUCUUGUGCCUGUAAUCGGCAUCAGUGUUUAAAACAUUAUUUUAUAUUCUGAUCUUUUUUACAAAAGAAAUAAGAAAAGCAUAUAAUAGAACAAGUGGAACCUGGUUAUAUAUUCAAGUUCUGUGAAACACUGCCUAAAGUGUGUUAUGGCAGAUUAUAUAAAUUAGUAAUUUUAAUACAUUCUCCCUUAAGUAAUGUAAAUUAUUUGAACAUUCUUAAAGAGGAAAUUAAAAAGAUUUAAGUGAUAGAAACAAAAAUUAUCUUCCUUAUGAUUUCUCUCUUUCUCAUACUUGAUGUGUAAGCAAAUUGUUAAUUAAGUAAAAUAUGCUAAAUAAUUGACAAUAUAUGUUAUUAGAUAAAUAAUCAGAAUUGAAAUUCAUAAAAUUUGGUGUGGGAAUUAAGACACAAUAACACGCCGAAUAAAUACUAAUUCAGAAGUCAAACAACAAAAAUCAGCGUUAUACCUACAAAAU